AUGACGAACCAAGGCGCUAAGAUCACCCUUUACUGGCUCGAAAAGUCCCGCUCCCAGCGCAUCUGCUGGCUCCUCGAGGAACUCGGCCUCGAGUACAGCUUGAAGACCUUCAAGCGCCACCCCGAGACCAUGAUGGCGCCGCCAGAGCUCAAAAAGAUUCACCCGCUCGGCAAAUCUCCUGUGCUCACGAUCGAAACCCCCAACACCGCCAAGCCGCUCGUGCUGGCCGAGUCGGCCGCCAUCGUCGAGUACCUGUGCGACCAUUUUGGCGGCGACAAGCUCGUUCCCCGUCGCUAUCCGGACGGCCAGGAGGGUCAGAUUGGCGCCGAGACGGAGGAAUGGAUGCGAUAUCGCUAUUUCAUGCACUAUGCCGAGGGCACCUUGAUGCCGUUCCUCGUCAUGCAGCUAGUCAUGGACAGCGUGAAAAAUGCCCCCGUCCCCUUCUUCAUCAAGCCCAUCCCCCGCCUCGUCGCCUCCAAGGUCGAAUCCGCCUUCCUGCAUCGCAACGUCUUCGCCAACUUUGACUUCCUCGAAGAACGUCUGCAGUCGGCGCCGGACGGCGGCCCGUUCAUCUGCGGCAGCCAGCUGACUGCCGCCGACAUCAUGAUGAGCUUCCCCGUCAUCGCCGCCGCCAUGCGCAUCCCCCUCGGAGACAAGUACCCGCGGCUGGCGGCGUAUGUCGAGACGCUGGAGAAGCAGGAGGGCUAUCGGCGGGCCGUGGCGAAGGUGGAGGAGAUCGAGGGGAAGUUCGAGGCGUCGUUGUAG